UCCCCCGAAAUCAAGCCUUCAACUUUCAAAGCCUUGGAGAAACCCCAAUUCCCCCACUUCUCUCCAUAAUGGCUUCCAAAGCAACCCUCUCUCUGGCCCUCCUCCUCUCCCUCAACCUCCUCCUCUUCUCCGUCGCGAGCGCUUGCAACGACUGCUACGUCCCAGUUCCGCCCAAGCCCAAACCCUGUCCUCCCACCCCCAAGCCCACCCCUUCCUCUCGCUACCAUAAAUGCCCAAAAGACACUCUUAAGCUCGGUGUGUGCGCCAAAUUGCUCGGCGGGCUCAUCGACAUUACCAUCGGCAAGCCUCCCGUGACCCCGUGCUGCAGCYUCAUUGGAGGCCUUGCCGAUCUCGAAGCUGCUGUCUGCCUUUGCACUGCUAUUAAAGCCAAUGUCUUGGGCAACAACCUCAACAUCCCCAUCGCCCUCAGCUUGCUCCUCAAUGUCUGCGACAAGAAUGUCCCUAAAGGCUUCCAAUGCUAAACUUUAUUAUUAUUAUUAUAUUUUUUCUUUUCCGUGAAUUCUAAUGUUUCAUGUGUCUGUGGUUUGGUUUUGGGUUGUCUGUGUUGUUAGAAUUUAUUACAAAUUCUUGGUCGUUUUUAUUUUUCUUGUGGAGUUUAAGGGCUAAUAAGUUUGCCUAUUGGUGAAUUUGAUUGGUGAGAUUUGUAGUUCUUUGAAUAUUGGAAAUGAAAUAUCUAUCAUUUCCCCUUUUUUUGCA